AUGAGUCAAAGACUCGAAGCUCAGCUUCCUCGAGACUCUGUCUCUUCUUCAAAUCAUAGUAUAUCACAAGAUCCUGUACAGUUAAUUAAGCUAACAAAAACAAAGAGAUCUAAAUCUGAUCGAAUAUCUAACUUGUCUGUUAUUGCCAAUGACCCAAUAGAAAAAAUAGAUAGAAGGCCCUUAUAUUCUACAGAUACAUUAGCCUCUUUUAGAUGCGCAGUAGAAGAAGGUAAUCCAAUGUAG